CAAACAAUAAUUGCCGUCCACUCCUUUCUAAUAUUUAUCGAUUACUCAAAACACUUCUUCAUUCUGCCCUUCAAUCAGACACAAGAGUCCAAGACCGCUUGAGUUUUGAGCAUUCCUUCACUCGCCAUCAGGAUCUAUGGCCGAACAACUUCUCCUCGUCCCUGCCCAGCAAAUCGUUGAGACUUUGGGCUCACUGGCUGCCAAUGAGAUCGCAUUGCUCUGGGGUCUCGAAGAUGAGCUUCAAAGCCUGACCGACACCGUUUCAACAAUCAAAGACCUGCUUCUGGAUGCGGAGGAGAAAAAUGCUGCAGGAGACCCAGCAGUUAGACGUUGGCUCGGAAGGCUAGAAGAUGCCAUGUAUGAUGCGGAUGACUUGCUGGAUGCUGUUUCCACUGAAGCUCUACGGAGGGAAAUACUGACCCGUGAUAACAAGGCCAAACAGGUACGCAUUUUCUUUUCCAAAUCAAACCAGCUUCUCUAUCGUCUUAAAAUGGCCCCUAAGAUUAAGGCCAUAAGAAAGAAGUUAGAUGCCAUCGACGCCGAUAGGCAGAGAUUUCAUUUGAAUGUACGCCCUGUGGAGACACGUGUCGGGGGAAACAGGGGUAACACGCAUUAUUUUGUACGUGCGGAAGAAGUUAUUGGUCGAGACGAUGAUAAGAAGGCUGUUAUCCACCGUCUGCUGGACUCCAACGUUGAAGACAAUGUUUCAAUCCUCCCAAUUGUUGCCAUCGGUGGAUUAGGAAAGACUACACUCGCUCAACUCAUUUUCAACGAUGACCAAAUCCAUAAACAUUUUCAGCUCCAAAUGUGGGUGUGUGUAUCUGCUCCAUUCCACGUGAAAAAUAUUGUUGAAAAUAUCUUAGAAGCUGCAACAAAGAAGAAACCAGAACCCGCUGAAAUGAAUACAUUGGUAGCUAAACUUAAAGAAGAAAUCGAUGGAAAGAAAUACUUGCUCGUGUUGGAUGACGUGUGGAAUGAGGAUCAUGGAAAAUGGUCUGAAUUGAAAGUAGUGCUGAUGGGUGGUGCAAGCGGCAGUAGAAUAUUAAUGACUGCACGCAGUGAAAUCGUUGCAAGAAUUAGUGGGACUAUUCAAUCAUAUUUCUUAAAGGGUUUAAAGGAAGACGAGUCAUGGUCUUUAUUGAAGCAAUUGGCAUUUGAGAAAGGACAAGAGCCGGAGGAGACUUCAAGCAUCGUAACAGUUGGGAGGGAGAUACUAAAAAAAUGUUCUGGAGUCCCGUUGGCCAUAAGGACAAUCGGAAGUAUACUACGCUUCAAAAAUUCAGUAGCAGAGUGGUCGUCUUUUAAGGAGAAAGAACUCUCAAAAAUACCUCAGAAUGCAACUGACAUCAUACCAACUCUGAAGUUGAGUUAUGAUCAUCUUCCUUCACAUUUGAAGCACUGCUUUGCGUAUUGUAGUUUGUUUCCAAAAGAUUAUGAGUUUGAUAAAUCAAAACUGAUUCAGCUCUGGAUAGCACAAGGGUUUGUCAAGUCAUGUGAUGAUUAAAACCGAUGCUUGGAGAAAGCUUGAAAAAUUGCCUAAAGACAUGCAAGAAUUAAUCAAUCUCAAGCAUCUUGAGAUGGAUGGAUGUCAACGGUUGACUUUUAUGCCACGUGGAUUGAGG